AUGGAGCGCUGGACGGGCCGAGUGGCGCUGGUGACCGGCGCCUCGGUGGGCAUCGGGGCGGCCGUGGCGCGGGCUCUGGUGCAGCACGGCAUGAAGGUGGUGGGCUGCGCCCGCAGCGUGGACAAGAUAGAGAAAUUGGCAGCAGAAUGCCAGAGUGCGGGAUACUCUGGCGUCCUUAUCCCCUAUAAGUGCGACCUGUCCAAUGAAGAGGAGAUCCUAUCUAUGUUCUCUGCAAUCAAGACUCUACAUCAGGGGGUUGAUGUGUGCAUCAACAAUGCUGGCUUGGCUCGCCCCGAACCCCUGCUCUCUGGGAAAACGGAGGGUUGGAGGAUGAUGAUAGAUGUCAAUGUUAUGGCCGUAAGUAUCUGCACUCGGGAGGUCUAUCGGUCCAUGAAGGAGAGAAACAUUGAUGAUGGCCAUAUUAUUAAUAUUAACAGCAUGAAUGGCCACAGCGUCGUGCCACAGUCAGUUGUUCAUUUUUACAGUGCCACCAAGUAUGCUGUUACAGCACUGACGGAGGGGCUAAGACAAGAACUUAGAGAAGCCAAGACUCAUAUACGAGCUACAUGUAUAUCUCCAGGACUGGUGGAAACUGGAUUUGCUUUUAAACUUCACGAUAAUGAUCCAGAAAGAGCUGCUGCAACCUACGAAAGCAUUAGGUGUCUAAAAGCUGAAGAUAUGGCCAAUGCUGUCAUAUAUGUACUAAGUGCUCCACCUCAUGUACAGAUUGGAGAUAUUCAGAUGAGACCUACAGAGCAGAUUUCAUAGCAAAUGAAGAGGAAUGCAAGAAGCACCAUGCAUCAAUCCUCCUUCACACCCUCCAGCAGUUUAGGGUUUCAUCUGCUGGUUGACUAAAUUUUAAUUGGAUUCCAAGGAUCACAUCUGAAGAAUUAAUUUUCAUUCUCUCUCUCUCACACUCAGCUGGUGCUGAGCCAGUAAAAAAAAAAAAAAAAAAUUCCUAUUGGUCUUGGGUUUCUCUCCCCCUCACUAUUACCGUAAAUGUAAUUUGAAAACACUGCAGGGAAACAAAUCAGUGGAAUACUGUAUAUUAUUGGUUUGGGUUUUUAGUUUUGUUUGGAUCUUGUUUGCAGAUGCUCCAGACACACAGGUGAAGUGUCAUGAGAUAUUUGCCAACUUCAAAGCAUCACUUGGUUGCUGAUUCCUUUCUGCUGAUGCACAUUCUUUGAACUGUUGCAAUGAAUUAAAUGGCACAUGACCUGUCACUUUCUUCUCUGUUUUUUAAGUAUUAUUGUCAGAGGUGUCCCAACGACUUCAUUUGGCAGAUGUGAUUUCCACCUCCUCCCUGGUCAGCUGUGACAUACUAAUGCAUUGGAAGGAGAUUUCCUUUGUACUUAGAACAAAGGAUUUGUCUUAAUACUAGUCCUCUCUUCUAAAGUCAAAACAAGAGACGAGACAUCCACUGUCCACCUUUUUCAAUGUACUUAAUGCUUCAGAUUUUUGGUGUAUAUCGUGUAUCAGUCAGAUCUAAUUUCUGUUUCUCUUACAUCUAUUCAAAGCUAAUUUUGCUUGUCAGUAAUGGUGCAUGUGACUCCCCCCUUCCCAUUGUAUCCGACAGUGCCAGAAGAAGUGCAAAGAGUACUUCUUUCCCGUUUACAUGAAUUGUGCCUGACAGAUAUGAAGAAGUAUCUCUGUGUGAUUGACAUUUCUCUCUCGGUAGGUAGCUAGAUGGAGGAUAUGCACCUGAAUUUCCACAGGUUAGGGAAUGACUAUCUAACGUAUAAGUGGCAUAGUUAAAGUGUGAGUGGGUUGUUUGGUCUUUUUAAUAAAAGUAAAAUAAAAUUGUGUACAGUCUUCUUGUGAUCAUAUAUAUCCUUUGUACCACCUCAUAGUAUUCUUGAUGUUUUUGUAUGUUUGAUAUUUGCAUGUGUUGACACUUUUAGGAAAUAUUGACAGUCUUAGAAAUGCUGUAUGGUGCUCUUUAAAUGCUGAUUGCUGAAAGCUAGUGAGUUGGAAAUGUUGAAACUGUGAAAUGGUAUAUGAUCAGAUUCUUGGGGUGAGGGGGAGAGAGAGAGGGGUGAACCAUACUGAAGCUGUCCAGAAUGCUGACAUCUAAACUGCAGGCAUAAAGCCUCAUUCUGCUCUCAUAACCAGUUUUAUGCUGAUGUAAUUCCACUGAGUUACACCUGAUUUACACUGGUUUAGGACUGAGUAGAGUCAGGCCCAUAACUGAUUACACGUACAGUUGCAAAACUACUUUAGCAACCAUGUUUAGACUCCAUUAGAAUGGUAUAAAAGAGACAUAGAUGUGCACUCCAACCUGAUACGCAAUUGUGGAGCUGUUAAUAUGUGUUGCCUUAAGAUUCUGAUUUCACUUCUGCUGUGCUCCAAAUUUCCUGUAGCAUUUCCGGUGGUGAACCCGUUGUAUUAGGUGGAGCAGGUGUGGUCAAGUGACCUGAGCACAGGACUGGGAGCCAGGGAACUUGAUUCUGAUCUCUUCACGUACACCAGUUUUACACCAUCUAUGGGUGUUACUCCGUGUUUAUAUCAGUGUAAGAGAGACCAGGAUCAGGCCAAAUACCUCCUGAAUUCCAGCUCCCUCUUUAGCCUUGGGCAAGUCACUUAACCUCUCUGCCUCAGUUUCCCCAUCUGUAAAAUGGGG